GAAAUGGAGGAUAAGGUGAUCAGCCCAGAAAAAGCUGAAGAAGCAAAAUUGAAAGCAAGAUAUCCUCAUCUGGGCCAGAAGCCAGGAGGCUCAGACUUCUUGAGAAAGAGGCUUCAAAAAGGACAAAAGUACUUUGAUUCUGGUGAUUACAACAUGGCUAAAGCAAAGAUGAAGAAUAAGCAACUGCCUACUGCAGCUCCUGACAAGACAGAAGUCACUGGUGACCAUAUUCCUACUCCACAAGAUCUCCCUCAGCGGAAACCAUCUCUUGUUGCUAGCAAGCUGGCUGGCUGACUAGAACAGCUGAACUGCAUGAAUACUCUCAUUCCUGUUAUUUCUCCUUAAUAGUUAUAUCUCACCCUCACUUCCCUAUUUUCCUCCCCCCCCCCCCCCCCCCCCCCCCCUUUUUUUUCUCCUUACACUAAGUCAUGAGACUGACAGCUUUGCAGGUAGCGAUAGCAUGUGCUGCUAUUGUAAGGGAGUACUGUUAAGAAGUAAAACGUGUAGUAUUUGGACUAGUUGAGAAUAAUGCACUGAUUAAAAGGACAAGUUUGGUUAAAGCAAUGUAAUCUACUUGAAAAUGUACAUAUUGCCCAUUUCCUAGCGUAGGACUGGUUCCAGCAAGUGACAUCGCAAGUUUUACAACUUUUAAUGUUUCUGCUUUUGUUAUUUCACCUUAAUUACAGCAUAUUUGUAUUUAAUAUAACCUCCAUUUGUGUUGGGUUUUUCUUCUGUGUUUGGGUUUGUUGUCUAAAAUAGAGGUUUAGACCACGAGUUGCUAGAAGGUGAAGCAUGUAUAAAAACAAAGACAGGGCUCUGAUUGAAUUUUGUUUUUGCUCUCGAACUUGAACGGCCUUAAACCUGUUUCAGCUUUAACAAUAGAGUUUUUACUUGGGCAAUAUUUGCCCAUUCUGGUGUAACUCUUGUGAAUCUAGUGCUUAUUGACAACUGCCUGUUGAAGCUGGUAUUCUCUUCAGUUCCGUAGCUUAGAACACACUUUUGUUAAAGAUGUGAAUGAAGUGUGCACGUGCAUAGACUGUUGAAAUCACGCUUGUGCCAUUUUUGUAAAUAUGAUAGUUUUGCACAACCUUUUGCAAAUGUCUUUUAAUUUUACGUUUUUAAAAAGCAGAUAAUGUGCCAAUCAAAGCACAAGUGAUUCUGUAUCUUUCAAAGUAUCUGAAACUAAGAGCCCAGAAUCUUGCUACUGAAAGUAAAAAUUCUAAACCUGAGAUCUGUGAAACACAAUUACAUUUGACUCGCCAUAUACUUUUGCAGUUGUAUAUUUUAUUUAGCAACAACGUCCCACCUUCAAAUUUGAAUCUGAAAUUCGUACCUAUAUUCGAAGGCAGGUGUCCUUUCUGUUCAGCAUCUCUUUAAGCUUUUAAAGCUGAAAUGCUCUGUGUGAUGACGUGAAAGAUUGUUAAAUGAACUGUGCUGGAGUUUCCCUUGUGGCAAAUUCCAAAUCUAAGCUUGCUAACGUUUGAUAUGCUGUUGUCUUUGGCUCUUCCACUUCUGGAAGUGAAAGCGUAUGUACCCUUUUCACUUUUUUUCUUGAACUCCUGAAGUAGUAGUAAACCUGGAAGUAAACUUGACUCUUUGUUAUACGGCAGCUGCUCACUGGCUUUCGGCAACGUAAAAAACUGGAACUGGUAUUUAUAUAAUGACCUAUGGAAAAAUAGGCAGUUUUUCAUGUCAGUAAAUGGGAGCAAACUUGAGUUCAUCUACAUGAUACAGCUCAUUAGAUUGCCAAAAUACAGUUGCUUAUUAGAUAGGUAACUUGAUGCGUUUAAGAGCAUGUUUGUUCAAUGAAAUAAGAUGUAUUAAAGUGCAGUGUGAUCCGUAAUAUAAUUGAUUUUAAUAUAAGUAAUCACAGCCUUGAUGUUCUCUGGGAGUAUAAGCUCUUUAAAAAGAUCAGCCUACUCAAUACUUUUUUCCUUAAAAAAUUUUCUGAUACAGUUUCUAUUAAAAACAAAGCACCAAUGCAGGCAUUAUAAGAGAAAAUGCUCUUAAUAAAGGUACACAUUUUUCAAAUGAUAUGCUUUGUAUUGACACAUUCAGAAAGGUCUUACAGGAUAAAUAAUUGCGAGUCAAGACCAACACUGACUGGUCCAUAUUUUCUGCAGUGCUCUCUUCUAAAGGCGAACUGUAGCAUCAGAAAAUGAAAAAUUAAUAAUCUUAAUUUGGUCUUGUUUUUAUCAGAGCAUGAGCAAAGUCUAUCAGUGUCUAUAUAACUUGUGUAUUCUUCUCAGUUCAGAGAAUUUCCAAAUUGGUAACUUUAUACUUUUCAGUCUUUCGGUCAGUAUAGCCCUUUUCUAGUAAUUAAGGACAGACUUGAGAGAGGGUGUGUUUUUUUGUUUGUUUUUGUUUUUUUGUUCCCCUUUAUCCGCCAUUAGCAUUAUAAUGGAUUUGUGAUUUUUUUCACAGGAACAGGCUGAAGAAACAGACCUACUUGGUUUCUUUAGGUAAGAAGUUAGGCUGGGAGAAGAAUUUAUCAAGUUAAAUGUAAACCAGAAUAGCAGGGAAACUGAAUAUAUUGAAGUAAACUGCUUUUUAUAGAUGUUUGUCGUAAUGUGAAAAUCCCUUUUUAUUUUUGUAAGUAUAAAUGAAAACUGAAACUUAAUUAUAGGAGUGGGCCUGAAACAAAUUUCGAACAAUUGAAGAUGACUUGCUGUGUGUUGUCUGGUGCCACUAUUCUGUAGUUCACAUAGGGUAAGUUUUCUUGAUGUUUAGGAGGGUUUAAAAAUAGCCAUUCAAAUUUAAACAUUCCAUUCAUUCAGCUACAACUUGGCUCGUCCUGCUGAUUGGACAUCGCAAGCUCUUCC